AUGAAGUUUCUCGUGUUGGUUGCUAUCAUUGCCGUCGCUCUGGCCGAAGAAGAUUUGGAAAAGGCGAUUGCUGAUCCUCAGAAAUUGCAAAGUUUAGUCGAUUGCUUCCUUGACCGGGCACCAUGCUCGCCGGCACCAGCUAAAUUAAAAGAAAUUACACCCAAAGCUGUUGCAAGCAAUUGCGCUAACUGCACACCGGCUCAGAAGCAUAUUGCUAACUUAUUCUUCACAAAGUUACAAGAAAACCUGCCCCAGGAAUACAACAACUUCGUACAAAAAUACGAUCCUAAGGCCGAAUACAUGGAUUCUUUCCUCAAAAGCGUACAAGGAGCCUAA